CCUCUUGACCCACGGCUCUGGAGUUUCGCUUCGAUGAUAGAUACCAAAGCCCGCGGCAAUAGGGCCGUUAGCGCCGCCACCACCAGUAAUCCCACCGCUUGGAUUUGUAGACGCAACGGCACUAUUGAGCCCACUCGAACUAUAACUCCCGACUGUGCUUGUGCCUACUUGGCUUGUGGUGGUGCCACUGCGACUUCGGGUAUUCGAAGGGACCGUCGAGUAGCCCAUCGUAGCUCCAUUGUUGACGUGGGCGUGAGAGACGUUUUCUUGCGUGGGUCUUGUUCUGUCCUCCCAGUACUCGGGUUGGUUUUGGAGGUUUGGGUGUGGAUAGGCGGACCCGUGGCUACGAUCGAAACUCCAGAGCCGUGGGUCAAGAGGCUGACCGACGAUGGACAAGCAUAUUACUAUUACAACCCCGUCACCGAGGAAGCAAGUUGGGCCAGACCGGAACCGACCUUGGACGGCUAUCAAAGCGGUGGUCAGGGACAGGGCAGCCACGGAUACGGACCCAAUGCGAAUGCUACUAGUGGUGCCGGGAAUAGGGCUGGCCAGCAGCAGCAACAACAACCAAUACAACAGGGAUCAGUACCGCAUCAAGGAGGAGGGGAUCUGUACAACCAUCAAAACUCGAGCCAAACCCACUUUCAACCUCGUCCCGGGGCUACACGGCUUGGCACCCGUGAUCGAGCCGGCUCCGAAGCGAGUUAUAGCGGGCGUGAACGGGAUAAUCGACGGGCCAGUGUCUACUCUGAUGAUUCCGAAGUCAGCCCUUAUGGCAAGGAUCUACGACCUGGGAUUACGCAUCACAAUACCGAUCCCGGUCUCACCCAGCUGAGCUCGAGCACGAACACGACGAGCACGGCCAACGUCCGACCCUGGCCUACACCUGGUGGGAAACCAGGAGAAGCGACGGCUGCUUUGCAGGCUACGGGUAUUGCGAAUCCUCUUCAGGUCGCUCUUGCAUUGCAGAGCGAGAUGGCACCCCCUUCUUUGCCACCCCUUACCAUCUACUCGGACAAGGCAGGCGAAGCCAUCAGUGCCGUCGUCGAGGCCUUUUCAGGGAACGCAGAUGGAACCAAGGCGAACGGUGUCAAUGGUAUGAAUGGGGAUCCAGCUCAACCCCAAUCCGCCGUCUCGCCUACCACUACGCUCGUCGAUAGCCUAAAUGACCGCACAUCAACAGAAACAGCUCGCGUGCAGACCAUGGCAGACCGUGUCGCCCUCGUGGUCGUCGCCGUUCGAAACCUGUUGUACGUCUCGGGUACUCUCACUGGCUCCCUACCCAACCUAGGGAGCACCGCCCUCACCAAUCAUAGCGGUGGUGGUGGGUUGAACAGCGUUGGUGCGGGACUGAAUGAGGAUGUGGAUUGGGUCCGUCAAGAGAUCAAACCGUAUCAGCGAAAGGUCACCGCCACCCUCUCCAAGCUCGUCCUCUCUGCGAGGGCCGUCAAUUCGAACCCAGAUUGGCCAGGAGGAAGAGCAGGUGCGGGUGGACGUGUCGAGUCGGAUGCAGCAGAGCUGCAACGUGCUGUGACUACAUUCGUAUACCAGAUCCAACGGACCGCAGCGAGCUCCAGAGCCAAGAGAUUGCAAGGUGUCAUGAUCCCUGGAGAAGGAAGCGCUGGUAUCGGCCCAGGAUUGAUUGGUGCCGGUGUUGCUGGUGGAUGGAAGGGUGCCGGCUUCGUACCUGUCGGCGACUCGACGCUGGGUGGUACAGGUGGCCCAGAAAUCCGAUUGGGACGAGAGGUCGUCAGCGAACUGGCUGGCCUCAAGCUGGCUGCAGAAGAAAAGAUGAACUCGCUCCGAAUGGCUAUUGAGAAAUACAAGGCAGCAUCUACGGCGAACUUGCCCCGAGGCGAAUACGAUACUCGUGCGGCAGAUCUCGUGAUCCUCAAUGGUCGAUUGGUCAUUGGUCAUAUCACUGACUUUUUGCUCCAUGCGGAGGAUGUGCAUAUUGCUACGGCUGUGGAUGUCAUGGGUACGGAUGGAGAUGACGACGCAUAUCUUGCAGGUGUCAAGAGAGCACGUGAACUCAUUCGUACCUUUGAAACUGCCAAACAAGCUCUCUACGAUGAUGGAGCCGUCCUCCUCAUGACGAGUCAGGCGAUCCAUGUCAGUAGUUUUGGAACCCUCUCUGUCACUUCUUCGUCCAGCAUGAAACCAGGCGGCCCCGUCGACGUCUUGCUUCAAACUGCUAUACCAGCAAUCCAGUCCAACCUCGGUACCGUCAUGGAAGCUCUCGAACUGCUCCUCAAUAUCGCUCAUGAACAAGAUGAAGUCAACGCCGGACGAGAACCUAUUGGUCAAGCAGCAACUGGAUACGACGACGAUGUCGAGUAUCCUCAUCACCCAGAACACUAUGCUAGGCUUCUCCAGAAACAGCGAGAACGACAACCCCAAUAUGGUCAAGACCCAUGGUAUCCAGGAGGCCCAGGGUACACUGGCGACGCCAACGACGUGUUGAAGUCGAUGGGCAUUCCCCAUCCUGGUGUAGACGGCGAAGUGUAUGAUGCUGAAGGAGAAGGAGACGGCGGCGAAGAUAUGGUUUCGAUGACGAUUGCCCUAGGAGGAGCGUCGAGGCCAACUGGGAGACAACACGUCUUCCGUGGAGAAAGGGACCCAUCGAUUGCAACGACAGGGGGCACAACUGAUGCUCCUUCGUCUGUUGGCAAUUCUUCUACGGCUGUUGGCAUCAACGGAUCUGGUGUGGCAGACACAGGCGAAGAUGACAAGCAAUUGUCAGACGAUUCUGAAUUCGAACCGAAGAAAAAGAAGGCGCCUGCGAGUGAAGAGAAACUAAAGAAAUUGCUUGGUACUGCCCCGCCGACAAAUUACAAGGACCAGCAAAAGAUGAACCAAUUACCUGCCUAUCUCAGGCUGGAUCACCACAGCCCAGCAGAAAUUGUGCUGAACCCGGACGGAGGUGUCAGGGCUGGUACUUUACCUGCUUUGAUCGAGAGGCUCACCAUGCACAGUGGAAGCGAUGCUCGGUUUAAUGAGACCUUUAUGAUGACCUUCAAGAGCUUUGCCACGAUUGACCAAGUGUUCGACAUGCUGGUAGAACGAUACAACAUAACACCACCCGAAGGUUUGACCCCAGAGCAGUUGCAAGAGUGGAUGACUGCCAAGAAGAAUCUGAUUCGCUUGAGGGUUAUCAACACUAUGCGCAAACUCAUCGACGUCUUGGAGAAGGAGGAUCUAAAUAUUCUGGAUCGUGUCAAGGCGUUUGCCAGUGAAGUCGUCGCUUCGGACGGCGAUAAGGCCAUUGGAGCCAAGACACUCUUACAGAUCGUCCAGAGGGUG